AUGUGUGGCUGCACACAAAGCACCCAAGACCAAGUGCUCCAUUUGGAAGGGGAACCCAGUCCUUCUGCAGCCCCAACAUCCACGAUAGCACCUAGGAAAAUGCCCAAAAGCAUUUCAAUAUCCAAACAACUGGCUUCUAUUAAAGCUCUGCAGAAGGGCUCAGAUCUGGAAAAAGCCGUGGCCACCACUGCUCUGGUUUUCAGAAAUGCUUCAGACCCUGAUGGCAGACUCGGAAAAGCUAAAGCCAAAAACCUGCUUCACUCUCAAUUCAGGAAUUUCAUAGAGGGACAAGAAACAAAACCAAAAUACAGAGAGAUCCUUUCUGAACUCGAAGAACAUACAGAAAAUAAGCUGGAUUUUGAGGAUUUCAUGAUCUUGCUUCUAAGCAUCACUAUAAUGUCAGAUCUGCUGCAAAGUAUAUGGCAUGUAAAAAUCACAAAAUAA